AUGAUCAGAUCUCGUUCUCCCGAAAUGUCACCAGAUAUGAAAAAGGCUAAACUUGAGGUGUUUCCUGAUCACAAAAAAUUGACCAAGCCCAAACUAAUCGAUAAGGAAGAAGUUUCGCGGUUUGUUUCCGCGUUGGGCAGUUUUGAAGUUCCUUCUGAAGUAAGUUGUCAAAUUUCUUAAAUUAAUGAAUGUUUUCUAAUUGAUUUCAGGGUGAAAUGGUCAUAAGAAGCCCACAAAAGUUACGACAACAUCCAAAUAAAGAUAUCGAAGAUUAUUUCAUUGCGAGUGCUCAAUGGGGAGUUCCAGCAAUUUCGUGGGAAAUUGUGAGACCAGUUUUUCUCUGGAAGUUGAAUGUAAGUUAUUUUAAAUUAUUUAAAUAGUCGAAUUUCCUAUUUUCAGUUUGUCUUGAAAGAAUUCGUCGUAGUCGAAAAACAAAUAGCCGAAAGUAAAAAAGAUGAAGAAAGUUCUAAUUUUGAUGUGUCGGAUAAAGUGCCAGAAGCACCAAGAGAGAAACUAUCAAUAAUGGGAAGUGAGUAAUUCAAAUUUUUCUUUCCAGAAAAUCCAAUUGUUAAAAAUUUAGGCAGAGUGAAUUUGAUAAAAACAACGCCUGUCGUUUUCAAUUUGGAAGAAAAUAUACAAUUUAUAUUGGACAAAGCUCAAGGUUUUGAAGGUUUUCCAUUCACUUGGCAACGAGUUUGUGAAUUAUUAUCGGAUCCAAUGCAACAUUAUAAUAAGAUCGGAAAAUUUGUCAGAGCUUUUGAUAAGGUAUGAUUUUGCAUUCAAAAUUUUAUUCCAGAACAAAUUAACUGUUACAGGUGAUAAAUAUUGUCACAACAAUCACUGAAUGGGGUGGAAGAGUAAAUGGCGAAUGGGAAAUUCCGGUCGAUUCAACAGUCCACCAUUUCGAAAGUGUGUUUUUUGGUCCGGUAGAUGAAGUUGAAGCGAUGGAUAAGGCUAACAAAAAACAGGAGGAAGACGAAAAACCAUUAGACAUGAGAAAAAAGGUUCGUUUUCACAUUGUCACUGACUUUUUGGGUUCAUCGAAAUCUAUAAGCAAAAGAAAACAAUGACUUUGUAGAUUAGCUUCGAAUUCUUCACACUUUAUACUUAUCCAUUUUUACAAUGAAAAAAAACUCUUAGAUCUUUAAAUAAAUAAACAAUUUUGCUAACUCGAAUUUUUUUUUAGAAUAAUGAAGAAAAAGAUGGAGAAGUGAAAGAAGAAGCAGUUGUUGAUGAUAUCAAAAAAGAAGAAAACGAGGGACUUGUUGUUGCUGACUCUUCAGAAGAGGUAUUUUUUUAGAAUUUUUUUACAGAAAUAUGUUUUUAUACUUUUAAAAUUCUACUAAUCAUUUAUUUUCUCACGAAUCUCACUCAGAAAUCAGUCAAGAAUUGUUGAUGUUAAAACAUUUUCCUGUCUAAUUUUAUUUGAAAAAAACAUCUGAAUUAAAAAACACUGGACUUUUAAUCUCUCGAAUUCGAAAUAACAAUAAAAUGUGAUUCGAAUUUUUCCAGGAAAAAAUGGAGGUUGAUCCAGAAACAUCAGAAGAACCACGCGUUGAAACAGAAAAAACAAUAAAAUCAGAAGAACAAUCUGAAAAUGUGUAA